UCUCCCUCUCUUGCUAGCCACACCGAGCCCUGGUGGGAUUUUUGCUCCAUUUCUCUGAAAGAUCAUCUACCAAUCAAGAAGUCGAGCUAGAAGUCAAAGCAAUCAAGAUUCUUGAACUGGGCUCUCUUCUUUUUGUUGCUUGUUGAAGAUGAUGAAUUUCAGGAGCUUAGAUGAGUUUUGGUCGUUCUAUGUGACUCAGCAUUCAAAACCAUCAACAAGACGUUGGCAUUUUGUGGGCACUCUUGCAAGCAUGCUGCUACUGCUGAACUCUCUUGUUUUCAAUUUGUGGUUUUUGUUCUUGGUGCCAUUCGUUGGGUAUGGAUGCGCCUGGUACAGCCAUUUCUUUGUGGAAGGGAAUGUUCCGGCAACUUUUGGGCAUCCAGUUUGGUCUUUUUUAUGUGAUUUCAAGAUGUUUGGAUUGAUGCUUACUGGUCAGAUGGAUAGAGAGAUCAAGAGACUCGAGAAGAGGCCUGUUUUACAGGGAUUUUGAUCAUGUUCUAAGCACUUUUCUGUUUUACCAAUCAAAUAAUCAUGCAUGGAAAAUCUCAUUCACUCUUGGUGACUUUUUGAGAUUUUACUGUUUCUUGGGAACAUUACAAAAUAAACUAAUCUCUUGUUUCUGUGUUUAAA